UAACUCAUACCUUCCACCUGUCUCAUCUUCUCUAGUUCCUCUCCCAGUCACCAGAUCUUGCAGUCAUGAGGUACUGCUUCGUGCUACUAGGUCUCCUGGCCUUCGUGUGUGUCACUUCAGGCUACGACCUGGAGGACCAUCAAGAGAACAGGAGAGAAAAUGGUGCCUUUGGAGGCAUAAUUGAACGUCACGGAGGCAGACGAGGUCAUCGCGGUGGUGGAGGCAGACAUCACGGAGGUGGACAUCACGGAGGUGGACAUCAUGGAGGUGGCGGAGGUGGACAUCAUGGAAAUGGAACUCGUCCCCCCAGGCCUGCUUUCAAUAUCACCACUACCAUCAAUACCACCACUACCACCUCCCCUCCCAGCACCUAGUGGCAAAUAAGCCUAAGAAGGGAUCUGACAGAAGAGUUAAAGCAUUGCACGACCAACGUUGCACAGAUUGCUACAAAUUACAAUAUUGAAAAAUAUUAUGUUAUUAAACACCUAUCAUAAUUAUAACUUGCACACAGUACCCAAAUAAAGACAUAAUGAAU